AUGUUUACAUCCUCAAAUCAGCUGCGCUGGGGACGGAUACUGGUCAUUCCGCUUGGGGCACUUGUCCUCCUCUGGCAAUUCUGGCCGCUCACACCUAGUAAUCAGUCGGUUACACAAUCUCAGAAGGACUGGACCUGGGACGAAAUACACACAAUCGAAAACCAGACACUGGGUUUUGGCAAGGUUUUUGCCAUCAAUCUGCCCAACCGACCGGACAAGCGUGACAAUAUUGUCCUGGGCUCAUCGGUCUGCAACUUCCAAGUGGAAUUUGUUGAUGGUGUAUUGCCGGACGUCGUUCCCCCGAAAGCAUAUCCAUACAACUGGAACCCCGACCACAGCGCGAGCGAAUAUGCAGCUCGUCGAGCCCAUUUAGAUGCAAUGAGACGGAUUGUGGAACAAGGUCUAGGCAGCGGAGUUAUUGUUGAAGACGAUGCGGAUUGGGAUUUGAACAUCAAAACUCAACUCCAAAGCUUAGCCCUCGCAGUCCGGGGACUCCAAGGCACAAGAAACACCAAAACAUCAUCACCGUACGGUGAUGACUGGGACAUUCUCUGGUUAGGGCACUGCGGUUUGGAAUGCAAGACCAAUCUCCCCUAUUACGAAAGCGAAGAUGACCUUACCGUCCUCGAGCCUCAUCAUUUCCUACCAUACUGGCGGGACCCGCCCGCAAUUGAACGAUCUGACCAUUCCCGAAUGGUCUGCACCGUCCAAGACGCUGUCUGUACCAGCUUCUACGCUGUGAGCUAUCACGGCGCACAAAAGCUGCUCGCCGCUCUCUCUGUCAACCCAUCUGGCCUUGCCGAGGAGAUUGACAUUGGUGCGCAAAUAGACGUCGCUCUAGGCCGCAUGUGCGGACAUGGAUACUUGCGGUGCUUCGCACCAUAUCCGGCUAUCACAGGUAUAUUCCGCUCCGCUGGAGCGGCAGAGAAAGGUUCGGAUAUUCACCAAGAAGGAGCAGGUGAUACUGUUGGCUUUGCGAGUUGGGGAAUGCUAUAUAGCACCAUGUUGAACGUGCAGCGUAUCUUCAGAGGACAACCUGUCAAGGCCACCUGGGGUGAUGUUGAACAGCCGAUCAUGGUUCCAGAGCAUAUCAAAAUUCGCGAAGGAAAGCUGUAUCAGAAGACUGAAAGUGAGCCACAGAUGAUU